UUACGAAAGUAUCAUAACGUUUGUUAGGUUUUUUUUCUCCCGCUUUCUGACAAAAACGUCCUUAGAGGAAACACAAGCGGCUAAUCUCCGGACUUCCUGUUUAAAGCUCCACUGUUGACUGGUGAAAGGGGAUUGAGGUCCUUGGAAGAUAAUAAAAGAACCCAAUGAAACCGGAAUAGAAGUUCAGUCAACAUGAGCUGGAUUCCCUUCAAGAUUGGACAACCAAAGAAGCAGAUUGUCUCUAAAACUGUUGAAAGAGACUUCGAGCGAGAAUAUGACAAGCUCCAAAAGCUGGAGGAUCAGACGAAAAAGCUUCACAAGGACAUGAAGAAAAGCACUGAGGCAGAUUUAGCUAUGUCCAAAGCAGCAGUGAAGAUCUCUGCCGACCUGCUGAGUAACCCGCUGUGUGAGCAGGACCAGGCCUUCCUGGAUUCCAUGACCGCUUUAGAUACAGCGAUGAGACGGAUGGACUCCUUCAACCAGGAGAAGGUCAACCAGAUCCAGAAGACGGUUAUUGACCCUCUGAAAAAGUACAGCGGCGUGUUCCCCAGCCUCAACAUGGCGGUGAAGCGCCGGGAACAGGCGCUGCAGGACUACAAACGGUUGCAAUCCAAAGCGGAGAAGUAUGAAGAGAAAGAGAAAACCGGGCCCGUCAUGGUCAAACUACAUCAGGCCAGAGAGGAGCUGCGACCGGUCAGGGAGGACUUUGAGGCCAAGAACAAGCAGCUGCUGGACGAGAUGCCCAAGUUCUACUACAGCCGCAUCGACUACUUCCAGCCCAGCUUUGAGGCUCUCAUUAGGGCGCAGGUUGUCUAUUUCACCGAGAUGUACAACAUCUUCAGCGAGCUCACGGACCGGAUCGACCAGGCAGGGCUGACCGACGAGCAGAGGGAGAGGGAAACCGAGGCCAAGCUGGGCGAGUUGCGCGCUCUGUCCAUUGUCGCCGACGACUGAGAGAGGAAAGCCGGAAAAAAAGCGGGAUGGGUUCCUUUCAUGCCUCUCUGAAUGGAUCGCAGUCUUUUCGGGCGCCUCGGUGCAGUUCAAGCGGACGGCAGCGGCCUUAACCUGAUUAUCAGAUUGUUUCCUCGCGGCCUCGUCACCCCUCAUUCCUCUUGCACGACACUCCCACGUUUCAUUCUUUUCCUCAGAGACUCUCUGCAACUCAAAGCAGCUGAAUUGCCACAUCAACUCAGCCGUCAGCCAAGUGCAGCAUUAUGAGCCAAUAUGUCUUUCUUUGUUGUUGCGAGGGACUCAAACAGUUUCCGUCAGAACUAAUAAGCAAGGUUACACUUUGUGGUUUCAGAGAUGUCGAGAAGCAGGAAAUGAGCAUGAAUGUUUUUAUUAGUCACAUCUGCAAUGCUACUAACAAUCUGUGAAAGUGUUUUUAUCACCAGUUUGAAUGACAAACACUACAGACUAUUGUGUAAUAUACUGCAGGUUACCAGCAACACCAUGCACAUCUGUAUUCUGGCCUGGUGACCCCUAAGUUCAUCUGUGUGCCAUGUUGUGCGAGGGCUUUUUAUCGGGGUUUAUAAGGGAGCAGUGGGAACAUCGCCUGUGCAUCAAGUGCCCACAUUGUCCCGGCUGUGGAUGCAACAUGAAAGCUCUCUUCAGUAAAGGGAGAUUGUGCCCGCGCAUGCAGAGAACAAGUUACUGUUGAGGUCUAAUAAAAAAACAGACUGGUGCGCCCUCUAGUGGACAAUACGAAUCAUGACCGUUUCCUUUUAUUCACACCAUCUCCAUCCUUUGUUUUGUGGUUCAGUUUGUCUGUUAGGAACAAGCCUCACACAUUGGCCCUCUGAAGAAAGUCUCUGUAUUCUCAACCAGUUAGAAGCCAACUUGUUUGUUCAGCUUUCCAGGAUUUUAGACCAAUCUAUACCGUCAUUGCUCUCGUUUCCACCUUCAUUCCUGCCUCAGUGUGAUCGCCACAUACUCGAUGGUAAUGCACAACAAUUGUUCCAUCAUGUUUGUGGAUUUUUUUUUUUUAAAGGGUGUCAUAUCCAGAUGUUUUCUGUUUAUUCCCCCACAUUUUUUAAUUCUAAAUAAAUCCUUAGUUGAAUGUCUUUUGAGUUGUUAUAUCUUAAUUACACGUGUAUUAAUGAAGGUUUUUCUAAAUGAAGUUUAAUUGUUCGAUUUUUCUUUUAAAAAGUAAGUGGGUUUUGAUUUAGUUUUUUUUAUAAAUGAAUUAACACAAAUCUGUGAAAUGACUUUUUCAGCCAUCAUUGUAAUGUAUCGUGAAAUAAAUUAACGGAGAAUAGCAACCAUG